CAUAUUUGAGCACUUAUGUCAAUGUGGACUGGGUGAACAACAAUAAGAACGACUGACGCCACAAAACUUUCAUUGCUUUUAAUAAGACAACUUCAAGAGCAAAAUUUUUUAAUUCACCGAAGAAAAGCGUUUUAAAUAAGGUGUUACAAGCAUUUGAGAGAAUGAAUCAGUUUCAUAUAACAUUGUAUUGGUUGAAAAUCUUGGUUUUGUGCUUUUCUACGAUACAAGGUACUGUUUCAUUUUCUCGGCAAAAUUGUGGCGUAAAAACCAUUGAAGCUCACGGAAGAAUGAAACGAGUGAUUGGUGGAUACACGUCGAAAAUGAAUUCUUGGCCUUGGAUAGUCAAUAUGAUUGAUAAAGAUAACUUACGUCAGUACUGUAGUGGAGUAAUAAUAGAUGAAAAAUGGAUUCUAACUGUGGCUCAUUGCUUUAUCUACUACGGGGAUAAUAGAACAAAUAAUGCAACCUCUCUACCAGUGACAAAAUAUAAAUACUUAAUUGCGGAUCAUAUGUAUAAUGUUACCGAUCCUUACGAGUUUUCUGUCGAGCCUGCACAGCUCUUCAUUCAUCCAAAAUAUAAACUGGGAAACGACAUGCAUCCAGGUGAUUAUGACGUGGCACUAAUAAAACUCAAAAGAAAAAUUCAGUUCAAUAAAUAUGUUAAAAAAGCAUGUUUGCCAAAUUGCAGAACGCUAUUUGGCCCAACAGAUUUAUGCUAUAUUGCUGGAUGGGGAAAUACAGUUAAUACAGAAAAGUAUCACAGAUCGAGAAUACUUAAAGAAGUUGAAAUGAAACUCGUACCACAUAAAUGUUGCAAAAGUAAAAUUGGCAAAAUAUCCAAGAGAUUCUUAUGUGCAGGAUACGCUAAAGGUGGCAAAGAUGCUUGCUACGGUGAUAGUGGGGCUCCUUUACAAUGUUUUAUUGAUGGAAGAUGGACAAUUGCUGGACUCGUAUCUUGGGGAAACGAAUGCGCUAAACCUAACAGUUAUGGUGUUUAUACUAAUGUUCAAAACGUUUUACAUUCAUUUAUUGCACCCGUGUUAAGAGGCUUCGUACAUGAUGGAUUUAGGUAUCGUAAAAGACCAACGAAUUUGCAAAAACAUUGAAGCAUUGAAUAUAAUGGGGCUACUAAAAGGGCUAAAUAAGCAAUGUAGACGAAUGUAGACGAAAAAUUGAGUAGCACAACUUAGGAUGAAUAAAUAAAUGAAAAGUUUCAUUUAUUCUCUGGAUGAAACUUUCUCAAUGAUGAA